AUGAGCAUUUAUUACGACGAGAUUUUAGCUGGAAAUUGUUUUGGUCAGAUAAAUGUAACAACACCAACAUCGAUCAGAAACACUGCUCAAGCUGGAGCUUCAUCGACAAAAAUGACAAAUGAUGCGGAUUCAUCAUUGGUGGAUAAAAAAUAUGAACAAACGAUGGAAAACAAUAGUAUUACCAAUGGGAAAUAUACUGUCUUAGAUGAUUUAGGUUUCUCGACAACAGAUUUAUACACUUUGGCUAGGCAAUUUUUAAAAGAGAAAGAAGGUACAAAAGCACUUCACUUAGGAUAUAAAGACAAACAACGUUUGGUUGCUUUAUCAAAACAAGUAGCUUUUGGACAAUAUCAACCACAAUCGGGAGAACAAAUUGGAUUUUUAGAUGUGAUAGGAAAUGAUCGAAGACAAGCAUGGAUUGAACUUGGAAAUAUGUCAACAGAUAUGGCAAUGAAUGAAUUUAUAAAAUUAUUAUCACAACAAUGUUCAAUGUUUCGACCAUAUCUUGAAGCUCAUCGUCGAGAUAAUGAAGAAAAAGAACGUCUAAGUUGCUAG